AUGAAUAGAAAAAAGCAAAAGAAAUUAAGUUCAUUAAAUUGGAAACUUGAAAAAAAUAAGAAAAAAGAUAACAACAAUGAAAAUGAACCAUUAUCAAAUAUUGAAUAUAUAGAAAACUUAUCAUUAUUUAAAUUUAAACAAUUAAUAAAUUCAGCAAGUAGUAAAGAUGUUGAAAAAGGUUUAUAUUCAAUUAAUAAAUUAAUUAGAGAUGAAAAAGAACGUGAACCAUCUGAAGACGAUGAUGAUGAUGAUGAUGAUGAUGACAAUCAAUUAAAUUAUAAGAAUAAAAGAUUAUCAAUUGUAUUUGAAUUUUUAAAAUCAUCACAACAAUCAAUGACAGAAAUUUUUAAGAUAUGGGAUUUAUGUAUUGACAAAUAUCAAAUUUAUCAAAAUGUUUAUUCACUAUUAUUAGAGUUUAUUGCAAUUUUAAUUACAAUUAAUGAUGAUCCAUCACUUUCACAUUAUUCAAAAAUUUUAGCUGAUAAAAUCCUCUCAAAUAAAUUUCAAGAUUUAUUAAAACUUAUUAAUAACUAUACUGAUGAAACUGUUAAUUUAACUUUAAAUUGUUUUAGAUUAUUAUCUUCAAUUGUACCAUUAUCUUUAAAAAUUGCAAAAUCAAUUCAAACUAAUAUUGAUUUUUCAUCACAAGGAUUCCAAAAAGCAAUGAAUGAUAUUUCAAUUAAUGGUGCAUAUCUUGGAACAAGACCAUAUGUUUUAAGAUUUUUAUUAUCAUUUUUAAAACAUCAUAAUAUUAAACUUAGUGAAUUCAUUUUGGAGAAUGAUCAAUUACUUGUAAAAUAUUGUCAAAAAUUACAAUUGGACCAUCAUAAUGUUAUAUUAGAUUUAAUUGAAUCAUUAGAAGUUAAUGUAUUAAAAGUAUCAAAUGUUUCAAAAAUUUUAAAAAUUAAAUUCUUUUCAACAUCAUUUUUAUCAAAAAUUGGUUUAAUAUUUUCAAAAGAUGAUAUUGGUGAAGAUUGUCGUCAAUCAAUUUUUAAAUUUCUUUCAAUUUUAUGUUGUUCAUCAACUCAUGGUAUUAUAUCAUCUGAUCCAAAAUGGACAUGGUUUAGAGAUAAUGAAAAUCCAAGUUUUGAAAAUAAAUCAUUAGUAUCAUUAAUUUCAGAAUUAAAUCCAAUUGCAUAUCAAACUCAUCAAACAUUAUUUAUAAAGAUUAUUAAUUCAUGUCCAGAUUUAUUUACAUCAUAUUUGAAAAAGUUGGGAACAUGUGAAGUAUCGUUAUCAUUGAAUUGGUUAAACAGAACUACAAUGUUAAUAAAGACAUUAUCAUCACCAGUACCAAAAGCACCAAUCACUAAAAUCAGUGAUAAACUAUUGGACCCAAUUCCAUCAUCACCAAUUGUAUUAAUUAAUUGUUUAAUACCACCACAAGUUACAAAUUUACAAUUUGGUUUCGAUCAACAACAUCAAUUAGUAAUUUAUAAUCAAUUAUUAGUUUUAUUAUUAUGUUUAAAAAGAAUAAAUCAAGUUUUAAAUUCAUUAAAUAUUUAUUUUAUUGAAAAAUCAAAUAGUAGCAAUAAUAAUAAUAAUAAUAGCAAGGAGGAUAAAGAAAUUGAAAAAUUAAAUCAAUUUAUUAUAAAUUUAAAAAAUGGUAUUAAAGAAAGGUUACCACAAUUUAGAUAUUUUAAAGAGAAUUAUAAUCAAUUUAAACAAUCAUCAGUAUUAUAUAAUCAAUUCAUUUCAAUCAUUAGUGAAUAUUUUAGAUUCUUACCAAUUAAUGAUUUCAUUUCAUUGAAAAUGUUUGAUUAUCAAUUUUUAUUAACAUCAGAUUUAUAUACACAAAAACAAUUUAUUCAAUUAAUUGGUAAUUCAAAAUCAUUUCAUUCAACUUUAAAUUUAUUUAAUCGUACAAAUGAUAAUAAUAAUAAUUUGAAUAAUAAUAAUAAUAAUAAUAAUAAUAAUAAUAAUAAUAAUAAUAAUAAUGAUGGUGAUUCAAUUAUAACAAUGUUAUUAAAAUUAUAUUUAAAUUCAAAAUCAAUUGAAAUUAAAGAAUUAUAUGGUCAAUUAAUAUUUAAAUUAUUAUCAACAAAUUCAAUAUUCUCUGGUGUUGAUCAUGAAAUUGAUUGUUGGUUAGAAUCAUUGCAAUCAAAUGAAAAUAUUGAAUUCUUUGAAGGUACACUUAUUAAUGCUCAUCAAAAUAAAUUUCAAUAUGUUGAUCAAUGUCAAAUUGAAUCAAAGAAAUUAUUUGGUCAGGAUUUAAAUCAAUUAUUAAUUAGUCCAUUAAUAGUGUCAACAAUAUUUCAACUUUUAACAAAUUCACAAUCUUGUUUAAACCAACAUCAAUACAUUUCAAAUUUAUUAAAUAAUAUUUCAAAUUGUAAAAUUAAUUCUUUAAUAAUUUUAUCAAUUUUUAAUUUUAUAAUAAAAAAAAUGAAAAAUCAAGAUAAAAUGGAUGAUGAUAAUGAUGAUGAUCAAUCAAUAUUACCAUCUGAUUAUAAUUUACCAAUUGAAUAUAAUGAAACUUUAAAUUAUAUUUAUUAUAAAGCAUAUUCAAAAUACCCAAAAGAUUAUAAAAUUUCCUCCUCUUCUUCAAAUUUUAAAUCUCAAUUAAUUUCAUGUUCAUCACCAAAUGAUAUUAAAUUUAUAAUUUCAAAUAAUAUUCAACAUUCAAUUUUAUCAUUAAUAAUUUUAGAAAUUGAACAACAACAACAACAACAACAGCAACAACAAGAAUCAUUGAAUAAAUUAUUAACAAUAUUAAAAGUUUCACCAAUUAAUUUAAUUUUAUCUCAAAUUAAUUUAUUAUCAAAAAAUGAAAAAGAAAUUUUAUUUAAAAACAAUUUAGUUAAAUCAAUUUUAUUAAAUUCAAUUUCAAAUUUAUCAUUAAAGAAAUUAUUCAUCUUAUUCCCAAUAAUUGAAAAUUUAAUUGAAAAUCAUGAAAAUCAAACUACAGCAACCACAACAACAACAACAGCAACUGAAGAUAUUUUAGAUUUAGAAUUUGAUUUUUAUUUUGAUUGUCUUGAAAAAUCAAUUAAAAUGAUUUUAGAUUCAAAAUCAAUUUUAUCAUUACGUUUAAUUGAUCAUUUAUUUUCAAGUAAAUUAAUUUUAAAUAAUUUCUUAUUAAACUUUAAAUUUACAUUUAAUAUUUCAAAAUUAUUAUUAAUAAUUUUAAAUAAUGAAAAUUCAAAUAAUGGUUUUAAAUUUAUAAUACCAUUAUUAAAGAAAUUAUUAAAACAAUUUAAUAGUAAAUCAAUUAAUAAUUUCAUUAAAAAUAAUGAAAAAGAAAAUGAUAAAUUAAUAAUUUCAAUCAGAGUUUUAGAAUUAAUAUUACCAUUUUUAGAUUUUAAUACUUGUAUUGAAUUAUUAAAUUCAUUUAAAAUUUUACAAAUAAAUCAAUUAGCUUCAAAUGAAAUUAUUUUACAAAUUUAUUUAGAAAUUAUAAAUUCAACUUUACAAUCAAAUAAUAUCAUUGAUAAUAAUAAUAUUAAUUUACCAUCAUACUUUAAUUUAAUAAUUCCAAAUUCUUCAAACUUGGAUAAAAAUAUUAAUAAUAAAUUAUCAAUUACAAAUAAUGAUAAUGAUAAUAAUAAUAAUAAUAAUCAAAUUGACUCAUUAAGAAUAAUAUUUAAUCAAUUAAUUCAAUUAUCAAUUGAAUUUAAAAAUAUUUAUAAAUAUUCAACAGCAACAAUUUAUAGAGUUUCAAUUGAUCAAUUUAUUUUACAACUUUUAUUAAUUGAUAUUAAUCAAAUUAAAUAUCCAUUAAAUUUAAUUAAUAUUUUAUUAUCAAACAACAACAACAACAACAACAACAACAAUGAUGAUGAUCAAUUAUUAAACAAAUAUUCAAAUUAUUGUUUAGAGAAUUAUUCACCAACCACUUCAACAAUUUUAUCAAUUUUAUUAAUGAUUAAUUAUAAUAAUAAUAAUAGUAAUAAUGGAAAAGAAAUUAAAUUAAAUUAUAAAUUAUUAAAUUUAGAUAAUUUAUUUAAAUUUGAUAUAAUGGUAUGGUUAUCAUUAUUUUAUUGGUUAAUUGUAAUGAAUAAGGAUAAAGAAUUAUUAUCAAAUAAAAAGUUUUUAAUUCAAUUAUUUAAUUCAAUUUCAAGUUCAAAUAUUUUCCAAAGAAAAUUAACAACUGAUGCCAAUACUACUACUACUUUUAAUUCAAUAAUUGAACUUUAUCAAAUAAUUAUAAAUAAUUUAGAGAAAUCAUCAAGUAGAUCAUUAUUAAUAUUAAAUUCAAAAGUUAAUUAUUUCUUAUUAAUGACAACAACAACAACAACAACAUCAACAACAUCAUUAGAUAAAACAAAUGAAAAUUAUGAAUAUUUAAAAAAUGAACAAUUAUCAAAAUCAAUCAUUACAAAUUAUUUAAAUAAUUUAGAAUCAAAUUUAAAUUUAAAUAACAAAAUUUUAUUAAAUUUAAAUUUAAAUUGGUUUAACAAUUUUAAAAAGUUAUUUAAUUUUUCAAGUUUUGAUAAAAUCAUUAAAUUAAUAUUUUCAAAUAGUAAUUUCAAUUCAAAUGAUUCUUUAAAAUUAAUUGAAAAUUUAAUUUUUAAUUGUAAUAGUAAAUCUUUAUUUAAAUAUCAAUAUUAUAUUGAUUUAAUUUUUAAAGAGAUUAUAAAUAAUGAUGAAAUUUUAAAUUUAAUUAAAUCAACACCAGUUUUAACUGAUUUAAUUAUUGAAAAUUUAUAUAAUAAUAUCAAUAAUAUUAAUAAUAAUAAUAAUAAUAAUAGUGAAAAUAUAAUUAGAUAUCGUAUACUUAAUUUAUUAUUAUCAAUUUAUAAGAGUGAACCAAAUUUAUGUCAUUCUGGUAAAAAUUUAUCAUCAAUUUAUUUUAGUAUCUAUAAUGCAACAACUCAUCCAAUUGAUCAAAUUUUAUUAAAAAUCAUUUAUCAACAUGAUAGUAAUAAUCAUUCUAUCCUUGCUGAAUCAAAUUAUCUUUGGGGAAAACAUUCAAAAGAAACUUCAAGUAUUAAUCAAUUAUUACUUUCAAAUACUUUCUUUUCUGGUAUUCAAUUUGAAAAUUCAAUUAAUAAUUAUCCAUUUGAAGUUAAUACUUUAAUUAAUAUAGAAGAAGAAGAAGAAGAAAAAGAAGAUAAUGAAGAUAAUAAUAAUAAUAAUAAUAAUAAUUUAAAUAUUAAUGAAAAUUUAAUUUCAAAAUCAUAUAAUGAAUUUUCGUAUGAUCCAUCAUUUUUAUUAAGAUUAUUUAUUUCAUUAUUGGAUAGUUAUAUUUCAGAAUAUUCAUUGUUAGAUGAUCAACAAGAAGAUUUAAGAAGAGAGAAUACUGAUAACCUUUUGAAAACAAUUUGUUGUUUCUUUUAUAAUGGUCCAUUUUCUUUUACUGUACGUUCAACAAGUUCAAAGCGAUUAUCAAUUCGUCAAUUGGCUUAUUCAAUAUUUUCAAAGAAUCAAACAUUAAUAAAUAUUUAUAAUAAGCAACUUGAAGCAACUCAAAUUUCAAAUAUUGAAAUAUUUGGUAUUGAUGAAAAACAAAAGAAAUCAAACAACACAAACACAAAGAAUAAUAGUAAAUAUUCAUUAAGUUCAAAUAAAUUCAAUGAAAAUAUAAUGUUUAAGAUGAUUCAAGUUUUAAAAUCAACAAUUUUUGAAAAGGAUCAAUAUAUUCCAUCGAUUUUCACUCAAUUCUAUUGUAGUUCAAUUAAAACUGUAUCUUCUAAAUCUGAUUUAAAUAGAAAAGCAAUCACUUCAUACUUAAAGGGUAUUGCUAGUUUUGAUCUAUUAGUAAUUCCAAUGUUUUCUGGUGUUUUUAAUUUCACUGCUACAAAAAGCACAAUUGUUUGGUUAUUAGAUUUAUUAACUCAAUCAUUACCAGAUGAACAUACUGAACUAUUAUUAAAAAAGAAUAAUUACGUUCAAUCUUUGUUAGCUCUAUUCGAUUCUUUCAUUAGUUCAAGUAAAAUUAAACUCUCAAUACUAAAUUGUUUAUUAAAAUUAUCAACAACUUCAACUGGUAUACAAUUAUUAAUUAAACAAGGUAUUUUACCAUGGUUAUCAAUUUUAGUUUCAAAUUCAAGUUGUUUAAAAUCUUAUUUUGAUUUAAUUUUUAAAUUAUUUAAUAAUAUUUUAAUAACAAUUAAUAAUAAUAAUAAUAAUAAUAAUAAUAAUAACUUAAUAUCAAAUAAUUUAGAAAUUUCACAAAUUUCAAUUAUUUUAAAUAAUUUAUUAAAAUUAUUUUUAAAUAUUAAUUGGGAUAUUGAAUUUAAAUCAAUGAUUAAUGAUUAUUUAUUUUCAUUAAAAUCAAUAAUUAAUUUAAAUUCAACAUUUAUUAGAUUAUCAAAUUCAGAUUUAGUUUUAUUAAUUAAAAAAUAUCAACAACAACAACAACAAGAACAAGAAAGUGGUGAUAAUAAAUUAUUAGAAUCAAUUUUAUCAAUUGUAUCAUGUUCAAAAUUAUCAUUAAUAUCAAAUGAUUCAAAUUUAGAUGACAAUUUCAUUUUCAAUUGGAUUUGGAAUCAAUUAAAUAACAAUCAAUUUAAUAAUGAUUCAAAUAUUAUUGAACCAAUCUUAAAAUGGAUACAAGAUUCAUUAUUAACUUCAAAGAAACAAUUCAUUAAUUGUUUAUCAAAGAAUCUCUCAUUAAAUGGUGCUGCUGGUGAAGUCAAAUUAUUCAAUCAAUUAUUAAUUAAAGUUUGUCAAAUAGAUAUUAAACUUUUAAAUCAUCAAGAUUACCAUCUCGAGACGAUUCAAUUAUUGCAAUGUAAGAGAUUAAUUUGUAAUAUUAUGAUCUUAUUAGCUCCACAACCACAAAUAAUGAAUAUCAUUCAAAAGAAAUAUGAUCAACAUCAUUUCUAUCAAUUGUUGAGUGAAAUUCAAUCACCAAAUAAUCAAAAAAUUGAAGAUUUGAAAUUAUACAAAAACCAUGUCAAUAAUGUUAUCCAAUAUUUAAAAGAUUUAUUUUUUUAA